AUGGGUUCCUGGUCACAGAGCUCCAUCUCCCGUUCCUUGCAGCGAGCUGAGACUUUACUCAGAAGCACCUUUAAUCCCAGUCUGAAAUGGCUGUUCUAUGGCCGCAGUCAAGAUGAGGAAGAGGUGGAGGGAAAUUUUGUCGUCGCUCACAAUCUGGUGUCCCGGUCCUCUGCACGUCUCCUGCGUCUGCAACAAGCUGUUCUGACUGUGGCACACCAGUGGCAGCCGGUGGGCCGGGCACAGAUGGGGUCUCCUCAGGUGUGUGUGAAAGGCCUCCCAGCAGACGGUGCUGUCCUCCUCCUGCCCUCCUCCUGCUUCCUGCAGGGACACUACACAGCUCUGCGGAGGCUCCUGGAGCAGCGAUCCCUGCUGCUCUUCAUACACGAGUACACCAGGAGGGCUCGCCUAGCAGCAGCUUACACAUCCAGAGUAAACCAGCUGCUGGAGGAUCAGCUGAAGAAAUCACACCUGACACACCAGAGCCCGUCCAGCUGCUCUUCAUUCAGGGUUGGCCUUGGCUCGCUGAGUCAGGAGCUCCGGGUUCAUCUCAACCACUGGUCUUGUCUGUUCUCCAAAGUCCACUCUGACCGCUAUCUGAGACCUGCUCUGGUGCGGCAGUCCAAGCUGCUGCUGGAAAUCAAACAGACUCUGGACUUACUUGGUCUGCAGGCGCUAGUUUUGAUGGAACAUUAUGUGUUUGUCAUUCUGUCUGCUGUAGCCCGGACUGAAUUAGACUCUGUUCCCAGAGAAGUCCUGGAGGAUAUUUUAGCUGGUACAGAGCUGUAUAACCAGGCACUGGGAGAGCAGAGAGCGCAGCACAGCGCCACCCAGCUGAGGACUGCACUAUUACAGCAGUCGCAUUAUUCCACACUGGAGUCGAGUCUUCCAAACAGCAAAGGACGUCACCCUGCUGCCUUCUUAGUCAAAGAGCUGAUGAUGAUUUUAGCAGUGCAUCAAGCAGACAUGGCAGCCAAGCAGCUGCACUGCUGGGUCUCUGAGCAGAGCUAUCACAUCUGUCCAGCCCCACCCAACUGUGAGGCCUCCGCAUGUUGUGAUAACUCUGUCAGUCAGGGGGCCAGGCCGAACUGUAGGGCCUUUGAGCUGAGAUCUGAGUGGACCUGGGAGCAUCUGCAGCAUACCUACCUUACCUCCUCUCCUCUCUUCUCUAUUAAUCAUCAUCAGCCAUCAUCUCGUCACACCUGCCAUAAAACUCCUCCUGUUCACAUCCCUGACCUUGACUUGGACAGUAUUAUCUCUGAAAACCACCAUCCUGUAUUAGCCAAGCCCCCCUUUGUCCAACGCAUACCAGAGGGCAAAGACCAAACCAGCCAGUGCCAAACACACAUAUCCCAGACAAGUGUGAAAGCUUCGGAGUCAGUCCAACCAAGUGCAGAAAGACAGACCAGUUUUGAAAACUGUAAACUAUUUCAGACCAAUUCACUGCCUUCAACCACCUUCCAGCAUCUUCCUCCUCUGUCAGGGCUUUGCCAACAGGACCAUUCCUCAGUAGAGCUUCUUUUUCAGGUGCUAGUUUCCUCCCAUGACCUGCUGGCUCCACUAGUUUCACAUACAGCUACACCUGGGGCACCAACUGAACAACUGCUCCCAAAUACAGCAACAGAUGUGGGACCACCAAAUGGAAAGAGUGAGCAGAUUAUUUCAACUGCUCCAAUCCUAAAUACAGCUGAUUCAGUGGAAUGGAAUAGUCUUUGUACAGAACUGACCAAGGACCAACAAGUGGAAGGAACUCCGCAGGAAUGGGCUGAACUGGAAAUAUCGGCCAGGCAAGAAGCUGCUGUCAGCUUAGGUUUUGGAAGGGAUGGAAACCCAGAGAAGGUGGAGACUGUGGGAGCAGAGGGGACAUCAGUGGAGCCAGACUGUCUUUGUUGGCCUCACUCGGUACAGUGGUUGGACGUCGGUCAGUCGCUGGUGUUCGCUGAUCUUUUUGGACAGUACCGCACCCUGCUGUGGACCCUCUGCAGCAAAGCCCUGUGGCUGCAGCUGCAUGUGCCACAAGCAGGAAACACUGCAGGAAGCAUCAACCUCCAAGACAAACACAGGGGGUUCCAAAUCCUGCAUAGGAUCAGUCAAGCUUUAAAGACGGAUCUGGUUCCCAAGGAGUGCAGAACCCUGCUGGAGGACCUGAGGCUGUAUGUGUUAGUCGUUACAGCACAUGCUCAGUGGGACUAUGUGGUGUGCAGGAGUUUAGGUUCAGCUCUGAAAGAUAAGUGUCUCACAGUUGUGAAGCAGCCGUCAUCUAAGCAAGAUGGAAAGGUGAUGAUGUCAUUGACCAUGGAACACUUCCUGCUGCUGUCCCCUCCUCUCCUGUCAUCUCUGUGUAGCCAUCAAUCAAACAGCAUGGCCUCAGGUUCUCUCAGCCUCUCCCCCUCCAGACUCACUCUUCAGAGACAGACUGUUAGCUUGGCGUUAGCCACAGUGCAACUGUCUACAGUCUGGGUCAUGUCCAAGGCUUACCAGUUCCUCUCCUCAUGGAGCCUCAACAAGUUCCUGCUGAUCACACAGGGAGACCUCAAAGUGCUGACAGAGUCAUUUGAGAUGAUGGUGCAUCAGACUAAGACCCUGAUGAUGAAUUCAGAUAGUAACCAACAUUCCACUUUUCAUAACCACAACCAGCUUCUGCUGAGGCAGCAACUCGAAGCAUUUGACAGGGCUUUAUCCGAGCUGCAGACCUUCUCUUCUCUGGUGCUGAAGACCUUCUCCAGUGACUGCAAGAGGAUGUCAGGGGAGAUCUUUGAACAGACCAUGCCCUCUGCUGUACACUGGAGACUCAGCCUCAGGACAGGUUUUCCCAGCAGUCCCAGUGAGUAUGUGUCUCUGGCAGCUCAGACUGUGAUUGGUCAAGUUUUAGAUGGUGUGGCACCAUUGUCUGAUGAUGCGCGUGUCCAAGCUCUGAGCAUCACAAUGACGGCUUUUAUGGAGGCAUGGAUGGAACACAUCCUGAAACAGAAGAUCAAAUUCAGUGUGCAGGGAGCUCUCCAGCUGAAGCACGACUUUGAUUCUAUCAGAGAGUUGAUCCAGUCAGACAAAUACGGUCUGUCAGCUGAACUCCACCAACGACUGCUCAGCCUGCGGGUUUUUCAUCAAGUGGACUCAGCAGUGGUGUGUCUGCUCCAGCAGCCGCAGGCCAAACCGUACCUUCAGCCCAGAGCCUGGGAGCCUUUCUCACGCUGCUGUCCAGCCAACAGCAGCAGAGACAGCAUUGACGCAGCAGUGGGAAGCAGUAUAACCAACCUGAGGUGUGUGGAGGGGGAGGAGCAGACUCAAUUUGAUCCUUCAGUUGUGGCGACCAACCUCCCCUCACUGAACCCAUCCAGCCCUGGAGAGCCCUACCUCGCUCCAAGUUUAGCUCUGGGUGUUGCUCAGCGGGAAUGGUUGGACCUCAGGAUCCACAGGAACGCUCGUCGCUGGAGGCUGCCGGGACUGCAGUGUUUCUCCAAGUCUGAACCUUGAACACGCAGAGCUGCACAAAUCUGACACACACUCACGUCACAUCGAUCUCUCUGGCUCAACAUAGUGUAAAGGAAAUAUCCAGUAAUAACAUUUUAUUCUUUGUGUAUAUUUUUAUAUAUAUUUUUGCUAAUAAGUAUGUGAUACCGACUGAGGUUAAUAUGGAAUGAUGUAAAGCAGAUUUAUUAAUUAUUUCCAAAGAAAUUGUUUUACCACUUGUCAGCAAACAUAUUUUUUAUAUUCCUGAAUAAAAUACAUAAUUUCAUCCUCA